AUGAUCAACCGGGCGCUCUGCCCACUCCACCCCUUCCAUGCGGCCGAGAGGCCGGUCGCGGCGCCGGUCGAUGGCAAUGAGGCGGCUUGCCCCAACUGCUAUUGCCUCAUCUGCGAUGCGCGCGUGUCCGAAUGCGGUCACUGGCGGGGCGGCGACGCGCCAGCGCACUGCAAUGCGCAUAGCAGUAGCGCAUUGUGGCGCCAGAAGCGCAUCAAUGCGAAGCGGCAGCGCACGCGCGCGGUGCGGGCAGCGCAGGCGUUGGUCGACCCGCAGCCAGCGAUGCCUUUUCGAUCCGGUCUGAGGAGCGGGCUUGGGUGA